AUGGUUAAACAGGUGCACAGUAUCGUGAAUUCAGCUAAAUUUGAUGAUCGGCUGUUCUGGGCAACAUUCAGACAUCCACCGCCAACGCCAAACGAGCUGAACAGCGAUCCACAGCCAAUUUCCAACAAGCUAGAAGGACCCGCAGAUCGCUAUUACUUCUUCUCAAUCGAUAGCGAUCUAGUUUAUCUCUCUUUCUCCUGCGAUUUUGGACCUUUAAAUAUUGCUCAUUUAUACAGAUUCUGCGUUUUGGUCCACGAUCUACUCAGGGAUCCUGAUCUUAUUGAUAGGAAACUCGUGCUAUAUACCUCCACCAAUCCCCACAAUAAAGCUAAUUCUGCCCUGCUGAUGGCCCUCUACACCCUUAUCGUGCUCAAACGUUCACCUUCAGACGCUUUUCAUCCAAUUGCAGAUAUCGAAUUCAUCCCUUACAGAGAUGCCGGUCGCGGCAGGUGCGAUUUCCAUCUCUCAAUAUCCGACUGUCUAUGGGGCAUUUACAAGUCUAUCAAUUUUGGCCUGUUGCGUAUGGACAAAUUCGACUUGGAAGAGUAUGAGUGGUCAGAGAAGGUAGAAAAUGGUGAUUGGAAUUGGCUUACUCCAAAUUUCAUUGCAUUUGCAUCUCCAGUCGACCCUUCUUAUGUGCGCUUGAUACAGGCGCGGCAAAAAGUCGGGAAAAGUAUCAAGUCUGAGCGUGAUGACUUGCCUAGAAAGUUGCCAUCUUCGUUCACUCUCCUCCUCGAUCACUUCUCUCAGUCUGAUGUCAAGCUCAUUGUUCGACUAAACAAUCCUCUCUAUGACCCCAAAGAGUGGCACGAAAGAAGCAUCAACCACUCUGAUCUCUACUUCGAUGACGGCACCAAUCCAUCGGAUGAAAUUGUUAAAACUUUCAUUCACAUGUGCGACCAUAUCAUUUCGAAAGGGGGUGUCAUCGCUGUUCAUUGCAAAGCUGGUCUUGGUCGUACUGGUACGCUUAUCGGUGCUUAUCUUAUCUACAAACAUGGUUUUACUGCUAAUGAGGUCAUUGCGUUUAUGCGCAUAAUGAGACCAGGUAGCGUGGUCGGACCACAGCAGCAAUACAUGUACCAAAAACAAUUUGACUGGGUCCGGUGGGGUGUCAUUGAUGCGAUGCGGAAAGAAGAGGAAGAAAGAAAGAUCGAAAGGCAGCUAACAAAUACAACAACAGUUACCUCUACACCACCAUUAGGAUCUAACGAUAAUGGACCUAGCACGCCAUUGCCAGCUGCGUCAACUUCAAAAGCUGGCAUGACAGAGACACCUGCUCCUGUUGGACAGCCGAGAAAGACACCAGGUCCUUCGCGUGUCCUUGAUAAAAAAACAGUCAGCAGUGGUAGUAGACCGGAUGUAAAUAUCAAUCUGAGUAGUUCACCAUUGCGCAGACCGCGUGUAGGCAGGAAGCGCUCAUCUAGCAUGCAUUCGGGCAUGGUGGGUGCAAAGGUGGCCCAAGAAGCUUCCAACGCGAUGAGCAGAGAGAAAGAGCGGGAGAGAGAAAGAGAAGCAGCGAAAUCGACACCACCUGAUUCUAAUUCUUUAAAGAUAUCAUCAACGGCAGUCACUGAGAAGAGUAGUUCAGAUGGCUCGACUAAAUCUGCAUCUAUACCACACAACACAUCCACAUCUGCAGCAUCGCCUGCUAAAAUUCCUAUCAGAGUCACAACAGCAUCGCCAGCACGUCAGCAUCAGCGCGUAAACACGCAGUCGCAAACAUCUGCACAGACAUCACUGAGACCACAACCACCUAAGAGGACAACAACAGAGGUCGUAGAAACAACAGCGAAUGGCUCAAGGAUAGUGCCUGCGAAAAGAGGUCAUCUCUCACCUGCUUCGUCGGUUAGCUCGGCGGGUAGCUCUAUGGGGCGUGUCGCUAGAGCUGUCGCUGCUGAUAGCUGGAUAGUCGAUUCAAAGAAAAACAGUAGCUGGAAAGUGGAAGCUGGGGGUCCUGUAAGUCCCGUCAAAGGCGGUGGGGCCUCUGGAGGGAAUAAAUUUGCUAGUACGAUAGCUAAAGACUCUCCAUCAUCAAGCCUUACAUCUUUAUCAUCCAAGUCGUCAUCUAAUUCACUCCUCUCACCUAACUCAAUACAUAAUGCCAAUACUCCUAACUCAACUAAAAGUUCCAAUCUUGGUAGAACUAAUGCUUUGCGUAGCAUUAGGAGACGUAGAAGUAGUCUCGGCGAUACAGAAGCAGGUGAUAGGUUGUAG